AUGAGAAUUCAUUCGUGUCAUUUCUGUUCUUCGCCAGUUUAUCCUGGCCAUGGUAUUAUGUUUGUGCGUAAUGAUGCCAAGGAGUUCCGUUUCUGUCGCUCAAAAUGUCAUAAAUCAUUCAAGCAACGUAGAAAUCCUAGAAAGUUGAAGUGGACUAAAGCGUUUAGAAAGGCAGCAGGUAAGGAAUUAGCUGUGGAUUCAACAUUGACGUUUGCCCAAAGAAGGAACGUUCCUGUCAGAUAUAAUAGAGAAUUAGUGAAUACCACUUUGACUGCUAUGAAAAGAAUUGAGGAAAUCAGGCAAAAACGUGAGAGAGCGUUCUACAAGAACAGAAUGAGAGGUAAUAAGGAGAAGGACUUCUUGAGAGACAAGGCCCUAGUUGAGUCUAAUCCAGAACUAUUGAAGCUGAGAGAGGUGGAACUUGCCAAGAAGGCUGAACGUAAGGAGCAGGAAGAUGAAGUUGAGAUGGACAGCGAUGAACAAAUGUCUGUAGAAUCGGAGGAAGAAUCAGAACAAGAAGAAGAACAGAAGGUGAAGGUUUUGCUGAAAAACAGAAAGAAGGCCUCCAAGAUUAGUUUCUGA